GUGAUUCCCCACGAGAAGACCACGAUGCUGCCGCCCGGCCCCACCAAUUUUGUCAUUCCGUCGAUCAUCAAGGGCAACUUCACUAUCGACAUACCGCCCGGUAAGCAGCCAAUUGGCUCAUCCACACCGCAGCCGUCCCUCCCGGCCACCGGUCUGUCUGUCUGUCUGUCUGUCUCCAGGUAUGAGAAUCACCCGGGAAGAGCUGGUGCAUUACGUCCGGGCCACCAAGGGCAUCGACCUCAAUCAGUGCAAGGAAAUCGCCCCGCCAAUGCCGCUGCCCGAGGGGACCGGUCAGCCACACACACACAAAACACACGUGUCCAUAAUGAUCCCCUUUUUCGUGUCUGUGUGCAGCGCCCACGUCUAUAGAGGCCCAUUUCGAGAAUGAGCCGCUCCCCGAGUACGUCAAGAACGCCAAGCCGUGGCCGGUGGAUGAGUGGGGUCCCCUGCCGCACCCCAGCCAGAUGGCAGACGGCCACACCUGGACCGGCCCGCCCGUCAAGGUGGGCGAGCCCCUCAAGACCACACUGGAGGGGCCGCCCCAGGGAUGGAUCCCCAACCAGCACCAACUCAGGAUCGUACGCGACACACAGACAUUGAUGAGAUACAGCGAGGCGUGAGAGACACGAGUGCAUUCCAUUCUCUCUCUCUUUGCGUAGAUGGCCGAGCACAAGUUGACCCCGAAGCAGUGCGGCUACCAGGGGCCGCCCAUCCGCAUGCCCGUGAGUGACACACAACAUCACACAACACAGCAAACAGACACACAGGCAGAUGUCACCUCCCAUGUGCACUCAUUGCUGUGUCUCUUCCUGUCUGUCUGUCUGUCUGGAUGUCUGGAUGUGUGUAUGUGUGCAGAUGCUGAUGGCGCCCCCGCCGCCUUUCCCUGGUGCUGGUCGUCCGGUUGCGCCGCCUCCCGCCGCCCCUGCCGGCCCUCCCAUGGUGAUGAUGAUGCGGCCGCCCAUGGUGCCACCCCCGCCCGCACACAUGAUCGCACCCAAGAAGAAAUGUAAGAGACCACACACACGGGAUCGGCUGUGAUGGGAUGUGCUGCAAUGUGAUGGGAUGGGAUGUGUUGUGGUGGUCAGCAUCAACGAAGAAGUCCUGCGGGGUUGGGUUCUUCGGCUGGUUCACCGGCUCGAAGAAAUAAACAACCAAGUAAGCGGCUGACCAUGCAGCCACACCAGACAGACACACACGCCUACUCGUGCUGCACACACAAUCGAUGUCUCUCUGUCUCUCUCUCUGUCUGUGUGUUGGUCAGGAAAUUCUUGUCACCAUCACCACACACACACGGGGGGCCUAUUUUUUGCGUAUAUAUCACUCUAGCGUCGCUCGUGUGUAUUGUGAUUUGUUUCGUAAGUAAGUCGUUCUCUAUAGGCCGGAUAUAUACUCUUCCUCUGCCCUCUAUUGCUGGGCCAAUUCUCAACACUCGCUGUCUGUCUGUCUGUCUGUCUGCCAUGGUUCCUGGAUUGCUGGUGACUUUGUGUGUGCGGCCAUGCCAAAGUGAGCCGACACACCGCCCAUUCGCUCGUGCGUGCGAUAUUAAUGGCUGCCCUGUGUUUGUCUCUUCCUCUUGUCUGGGUGGGUCUCUCUAAAUCACAACACAUCUCAUCAUACCGCUUCGAGCACUGUCCUCUUGGUUGGGGGUUUUUCGGGCUUGGUUUGCUUUGCUGGAAUGAUCGCCUGCCUGCCUGCCUGCCUGAGUUAGCCACACACGACAUCACACCACACCACAUCACACCGCCAGUCAUUCACACACUGUCCUCUGGGGGGUUCUGGGCUUGAUUUGUUUUGCUGGAUGGAUUGCUGGGCUUCCAUAGAGUGCGUGGGCCAUUGCCAAAGUGGGCCCUCACCAACCAGUGCACUGCAGCUGACAUGACUGACUGGCCUGUGUCUCUUCCCUCUCCCAAACCACACACCAGCAGACAGACAGACAGACAGACGACAGACUGAGACACACAGAGACAUAGAGUUUUAAAGUACAGAGGGAGGGGAACAGAAGUGCAUGGGAUAGACGCAGAAUGGACUGCGAGCAGAUACAGUGCAUCAACGGAAUGGAAGAAAGAUGGUUGUUGAUCAAAAACAUCUCUAUGUACGAGUGACGGUGGGUCGAUCGAUGGGGAUUUGUUCGAGAGAGACAACUUGACUUGCAUGGGGCGGGAUCGAUCCCUCCUCCCCUCAAACCUGUUUGGC